UUGCUCUCAGUAUUGCUCAUCAUGGCCUUACAAGGGGUCGAGCAGACGAUCCUUCGGGAUCCAGCUUUAUUUUAUUGGAUCCUGUUCCCGAUUACCAUUGUUAUGGUAGAUACUCACAGGUAUCCUUCGUCACUAUGCUACGGUUUUGAUGAACACCCCCCUAAGCCUGCGUCUACUCUGGCCGAAUCCCGCGAGCGUCUCUCACUCCUGCGCGGUGUCAAUCUCCGCAACAAUGCCCCAGCUGUCCUCUCGAAAGAUGCAUUUGAAAUGCGCAAGAACUAUCUUGUCUCUGGGUACCAAAGCGGCGAGUUCCUGAAGGACCCGGCCAGCCGCGGUCAGCCCCCAGCAAAUCCGAUGACGGACCCUGCGGGCAUGGAAGCUAUGAUGGGUAUGAUGAAGGGAAACAUGAUGAUGAUGAUCCCGCAGACUCUUAUUAUGAGCUGGAUCAAUGCCUUCUUCUCCGGCUUCGUUAUCCUCAAACUGCCGUUCCCCCUCACCAUCCGGUUCAAGUCCAUGCUUCAGUCUGGUGUUAUGACUCGGGACUUGGACGUUAGGUGGGUAUCCAGUCUGUCAUGGUACUUCCUAAACUUGUUUGGUCUUCAGUCUGUAUUUGGAUUCAUCCUGGGUAGCGACAAUGCUGCGAACCACAUGUCCCAACAAAUGGCCACUAUGAACCCUGCCAUGGGGGCCAAUCCAUUCCAGCCUGGUCAAGAUCCCGACAAAUUGUAUCAAAGUGAAGCAGAGAACUUGGAAGUCAUGGAACAUUUUUGCAUUCUGGAUGGCAUUGAGGACAGAAUAUUGCACAACAUUGCUUCAAAGGAGGGCCUCGUUUGA